UUUUUUUUGUUUUCUAUCUUUAAAAAAUAAAAUAAAUAAAUAUAUGCAAUCUGAAACUUUGAUAACACCGCCAAUACAAGAAAGCAACAAUAACUUGCCUCAUCAUGUUCGCUGGGCUCCUUUACGAGGAAUUCCUGCCAAAAGACGUUUACAAAUGCUGGCCGUUUGUAUUUGGAUUAGUUUAGUUUUCAUUUCUGUAGCAUCAUUUCUCUUUUUAGCAACUUACAAGCUUCUUUGGCCGAUUUUGAUUGCCUACAUCACUUUUAUUUGCAUCGAUAAAGCACCAGAAUCUGGUGGUAGAUUAGUUGAAAGAACUCGUCAUUGGACCAUAUGGAACUAUUUUGCCGAUUAUUUUCCAGUGAAACUAAUUAAAGAAUAUGAUUUAGAUCCUACAAAGAAUUAUGUCUUUGGUUACCAUCCUCAUGGUAUUAUUUCAAUGGGUGCAUUCGCUAAUUUUGCUACAGAAGCAACAGGAUUCUCAAAAUUAUUUCCCGGGAUUAAGCCUUCUUUACUUACUUUAACUUCUAACUUUAAUAUUCCUAUUUAUCGUGACCUCAUCAUGUCCUUGGGAUUAGCUGCAGUCUCUCGUCGUUCAUGUGAAUCCAUUCUAUCAUCUAGCCCUGGCCGUUCAAUUGUGAUUGUGAUAGGUGGUGCUGCUGAAUCUCUGAGUGCUCGUCCAGGCAUAGCUAAUUUAGUUCUUCGUAAACGUUUAGGAUUUAUUCGACUUGCCAUUAAACAUAAGGCACCUUUAGUACCUGUCUUUUCAUUUGGAGAAAAUGAAUUAUAUGAUCAACUUGAAAAUAAUAAGGAAAGUAAAGUAUUCAAAUAUCAGAAAAUGAUGCAAUCAUUACUUGGUUUUACUUUGCCUUUAUUCCAUGCUCGAGGCAUAUUCAAUUACGAUAUAGGAAUUAUACCUUUUAGACAUGAAAUUGCUACAGUGGUUGGUAAACCCAUUCCCGUUCCUGAAUUAAAAGAGAAUCAAAAAGAACCAACUGAAGAGCAAAUACUACAAGUCCAAAAACAAUAUAUAAAAGAGCUUGAAUCGAUUUAUAACAAGUAUAAAGAUAUUUACGCUAAGGAUCGUAAACAAGAACUUUGUAUCAUAGAUUAAUAAAUAAAAGCUUAUCUUGUUAAAAAAAAAUAA